AUGGCUACUCUUGCGCCUCGCGCAGCUCCUUUCAACCUUCCCGUUGCUCAAGUCAACGCCUUCCCAUCAAGCGCACUCAAGCCACGGCCGGUGCUCAAAAGAACACGAGAUGAGUCAGCUGACAUGGAAGUGCCUUCAUCACCAUCGAAGAGGUCACGGGUGACCUUCGAUUCGGAUGUUGAAUAUGUCUCCGCAGACGACGAUGACGAAGUAGAUCCCCAGCUCAUCCGCGAGCAAGUCCGUCGAGCGAUCCAACGACACCUAAGCGGCGGUGACGACGAGGCAUACGAAAACGUCAAGCAGAUUUUCCUAGCCGACCCCAAGAAAGAGAACGCGCCGUCACCAAGAGCUGUGCAUGCUCAUUUGCAGGCUGUUCUGGCUCACAUUAGCAGUCUGGACAAGAGCUGUAAUGGAUUGGUCAAUGCUAUUCUGUCGUGUGAAUGGGUUGGCCGAGACGAGAACUUUGUCAAGUUAUACAUCAAUGUGCUGGGAAACCUUGCAGCGGCAAAAUCGGGUUAUCUUUCCAAGAUACUCCACACGCUUGUUGAUCUGCUGGGUGAGCAGCGCACCAGAAGACUCCUGGGAACCAGGAUUGUGAGACAAGCUCGAAUACAUUCUAGAGGUCGACGGGCAAUUGCUUAUUUGCUCAAUCUGGUGCCGGCAGCCAGCAGCACGCUUGCACAGGUCAUACAGCGAAAGCUCACAAUGGACUAUCGAAAACCACAGGAACGGUUGUUGUACAUGAAGAACUUUCUCGCGCUACUAGAACAUGCACAAGAAUUGAAAGGUGCUGUGCUCGGUAUGAUUACGUCUGAGCUUGUCAAGCUGGAUGUCUCUGUUCAAGUUGACAUGGAAGAUUAUGCCGAUGAGCUUGAAGAAGAAAUCGUCCAAGAAGUCUCAUCAUCGCAAACAUUAGUGGACUCAGCGUCCCAACUUUCUCUCAACAAAGCUAUUGAAGAGGAAGGCGAAGACGAGGAAGAUGGUGGAAGUACAACCAGUGACAGCUCGGCAGACGAAGAGGAUGAGCUUGGGCCUGUUGAAGUGCAGCGUCGCAGAGUCACGGCACAUCUCGAAACGGUAGACGCGGUCAUGAACCUUCUGUUCGAGUAUUACAAUCCGCUGGUACUUGCUUCUAAUCUGGCGGUCAGUGAUGAUGCGAUGAAUCUCCUAACAACACAUUUCAGCAACAUCAUUCUACCGACCCAUAGAUCGAGGCAUGCACAGUUUUUGAUCUUCCACUUCUCGCAGACAUCUUCUGUGUUUGUGGACAAAUUCGCCACCACCUGCAUAGCAACGCUACUUGAUCACAACCAGCCACCCAUUCUCCGUCAAACGGCGGGCUCUUACCUUGCCGGAUUCGUUGGUAGAGGAGCUCAUGUUCCCCUUCCAGUGAUCCAGGAUGGGUUUCAGCUUCUUUGCGAUGAGCUCGAAAGCUUACGAAAAGAGUUGGAACCAUCGUGCCGCGGUCCAGAUCUGCGAAGAUAUACCAGCUUCUACUCAUUGAUGCAAGCCAUCAUGUACAUCUUCUGCUUCAGGUGGCGUGACCUUGCGACCCAUAGGGAAGAAGAAGACUCCGACGACGAGCAGGAAGUUGAGGAAUAUCAGUUUCCAGACGACAUCAAGCGGAAACUGACUCAAGCGGUUAACUCCGCGCUCAAUCCACUACGCAUCUGUACACCAGAUAUCGUUCAUCAGUUCGCAGAGACUUGUCGCCGUUUGCACUUUUUGUACCUCUUCCCCAAGGUGGAAAGCAACAAACACGUUCGACUGUCAAAUACGAGGCGAGACUUCACGGAUAGCGCCAUUGGACAGGUUGAGAGGGAUCUUGGAUGGGUUGGCGAAAGUGGUAUGCUAGAGGGCUAUUUCCCAUUCGACCCUUACAGGCUACCAAGGAGCAGGAAAUGGAUUGUAGAUGAUUAUCUGGAGUGGAAGGGUUUGCCAGGAGACGAGGUAGAAAACGACGAUGAUGAUGACGAUGCUACGGACGACGAGAUGAUAAAUGAAGAAAGUCACGACGACGGGGAGGAGACAGCCACUGAAGAAGAUGCCUGA